UGCAGCGUCAUUGUGAAACAACUCAAUCGUCAUGUGGCUCCAGCUUAUCGCAUCGCCACAGGCCGCGAAGGACCUCCCAAGCCGAAGCGCCAAGAAGGUCGCUUCCACCCGACCUACUCCGCCAUGAUCCGCAAGUCGGUCUCCGAACUCAAGGACAAGUCUGGAUCCUCCAAGGCUGCCAUCCUCAAGUACAUGCUGGCUCACUACAAACUCGGAGAGAAUGUGCCUAAGGUCAGCUCUCAACUUCGUUUGGCUCUGAAGCGAGCUGUCAUCAAGGGAGAUCUCAAGCAAGUGAAAGGAACUGGUGCAUCUGGAAGCUUCAAGCUCGGAGAGAAGAAAGCCGCCGCUCCAGCUGCCAAGAAGAGCAUCACCAAGAAACCCGCUGGUGCCAAGAAGCCGAAGAGCCCCAAGAAGGCCGCUGCAGCCAAGAAGCCCAAGGCCGAGAAGAAAGCGAAGAGCCCGAAGAAGGCCAAGGCACCAAAGGCUAAGAGCGCCAAGAAGCCAGCUGCCAAGUCAACGAAGCCAAAGGCCACGAAACCCAAGGUCUCCAAGCCAAAAGCGGCGAAGAAGGUCAAGGCCUAA